GUUUGCUUGAGGUCCAUGGGGGAAGGAGCCGGCGCCGCCCAGCCUAUCGGCAAACCAUGGCCAGAAAGUCACAUGCAAUGAAUGCAGCAGUGGUGCGAUGGUGGAGGCCAUGGCUCUGUUUGGCUAUCCUUGCCGUCCCCAGUCAUGGCGAACUCAACGGUGACCAACUUUGCGCCACGUCGACAGAGUUGCCGGUCAUUGGCAACCUCGACAUUGGACGCGUCUCUCUCCGCGUGAAUCGAUCCACCCUCACCACAGAUUGCCGCGGCGUGUCGUUUGGAAACGCCAGUAACCACAGCUCCACAACGACGACGUGCACUUGGUUCGCUAACGGCACCGUGAUCCGCAUGGCCGAUGUCCGGUGUUCAACGUCGACACUGGAACAAGUGUACACCCUUCGCGCAUUCCCUUCGAACCCGCACGUCGACUUUGUGCAGGACCUCCCAUCGGUCUUCUCCACCAUCAUUCUCGACAGAAUGGGCAUCCAUGCCGUGGCGACAAACCUGACGCACGACAGCGCUGGUCAUGCCGUGUCUGCGAAAAGAAUUCAAUUGGAGUUCAACUCGAUCCAUUCGAUCGACGGUGUCCAGUGGCCCAUGGGUACCCGCAUCUUGCAACUCGACCACAACACGAUCGAAGCCAUCGGCGACAUCGCGGGCAACAAUUCCAAGCUAGCGACGCUGUCGCUGGUUGGAAACAGCAUACACGCCCUUGACGAUGCCAUGGUUCUUCCACGCAACCUCACUCAACUGCAUCUUGACUUCAACCAGAUUGCGUCCAUCGCCAACACAACCCUGUUCCCUACCUCCCUUCGCCACUUGGGACUCUCUGGGAAUCGCCUGGAAUCGUUGCCCCCACGAGGGGUCUUGCCAUCUGCACUUGCCACGCUAGAUAUUGCGUUCAACGGCCUGUCCAGCCUCGACGCGGCGGUGACGUUUCCCGACGCCUUGACCAAGUUAGACGCAUCGUUCAACAAGAUCACUGAAAUCGUCGCAAAUUUUCCUCCAACGCUGACAACACUGUGCUUGGCCGGGAACAACAUCACGGCAUUUUACGCGAACGAAUCUCAAUUUGAAUUGCUCUCGCAGCUGGCCAACCAAAGCCCCAACUCGACGCUCAGCGAUGACCAUCCGAUCGAUGAUUUUUGCCACGUCGUCUUCACCACCACCAACACAAACAGCACGUGCGAAAACCACUCGCACGUUGCGCUCCUGUGGGGCACGUUUCCCAUCUGCAUCGUGCAGGACGAUUCGCCCGGCAGUUCAACGCUGCUGCCGAUUGUGGUCACGAACGAGCCGACGGAAAUAGAACCCGAGCCAAAUCGGUUGCCUUGGCUGUCCGUCGGGCUGGUGUCCGCAGGUAGCGUCCUGCUCUUGGCGCUUCUUGUCGUCGAGCUCCGUCGACGGAAGCCCGGUCGUCCUGCAGCGCACCCUCCCAUGCACGUAUCGCAUUCGGCAUCGUUACCCGUCGAUGGGUUUGCCACGUGGCGCGUGCUGGAGUCGCCGCCUCCGUUUGUAUCGUCGCCCAUGUCGUCGCCAGCAAUGUCGUUUUCUUCGAUUGUCUCGAAUGACAUUCGAUUUGACGCGACGAUGCAGCCGUAUGUCGUCCCCGACACGACAGUCGUCCAUCGCAGGCGCAUCUUGGCUUCCGGCGGCAACGGAAUCGUGUACCUAGUCUCGCUCACCACCCACACGCACUCGCGCCUGGCUGCCAUGAAGUGUAUCUUGCCCUCUCUUGCGACCGACGCCGCCGCGAUCGCUCAAUUCAUGCACGAAAUGCGGUUGACGGCGUCCCUGGAACACCCAUGCAUCGUGUCGUUUGUUGGGCUCUCGUGGACAUCGCUGCAUGAUCUAUCCGUCAUGACCGAGUACAUGGACGGCGGCGACUUGUGGAACGUCCUCACGCUCACCCGACCAUCCUGGUUGACGUGGCAUCUUCCCCACCACAUCGCUUUGGAGGAUGCGCUCCAUUGGCGACGUCAAGGCCAGAACGAUGGCGAGGCCGCGUCUACCUGCUCACGCCGCCAACGCCGACCAUUCUCCAAGUUGUCGGUUGCCCUCGACGUCGCGGAAGCAUUGGCAUAUCUGCAUUCACUUCCUCGCGUUAUUGUGCAUCGCGAUCUCAAGGCAAAAAACGUCCUGCUCGAUUCCACGUGCACUGCCAAGCUGGGCGAUUUUGGAAGCAGCGUGAUCUUGACUGGCCAUCCGCACCGGGUUGACAAGUCGAGGAUGACUGGGGGCACAGUCCCGUGGUCAGCUCCGGAAGUGCUUCGGAGCGACCAAGCUCUCGAGGCAGCCGACGUGUUUUCGUUUGGCGUCCUCCUCUCCGAAAUCGACACUGGCCUCAUCCCGUAUUCCCAUCUACCGGCAUGCGUGCCGCACGACGAUGUGACGGUGGACAUGGCGCGUGCCCGCGUCGCCAUGCUCGUCCUCGGCGGCACAGUCACGCCUCAGUUCUCGGACGAAUGCCCCGACAGCAUCCGAGACAUGGCCAUGCGAUGCCUCGCCUACCACCCCGACGACCGACCCACGGCCCGCCAACUUGUGCAAUGGGCGCAGAAGCAGCACCGCCUCCUCGCCGUUCGGUCUGCGGUCGAGUGGUAUCUAGGCCGUCAAGUGCCGUCCGUCGCGUUGGCAGAUGUGCAGCUCGACGAUCUCUGUCCUUGCGCGAUGGAUCAGAAGAACAUCGAAUACAGCAACAUGUACCCCGGAAGUGGUGCACCAGGAGGCGUUCCUCGUCGAGGGAACCCAAACCCAGUCAACGUGGGUGUCGUUGGAGGUGGCGUCCCAAAUGGACCGCAAUCGGUGAGCGGCGUGGGGUCGAUGGGUCGAGGAGAUCUGCGGCACCAGGAUUUGCGUGAUAUCCGCGGCAACAUCGGGAUCCCCAUAGGCAUGGGCAACAACCAGAACGUGGGCGUCCAGAACCCUGGUCCUCAGCAAUUGGCGGGAGGCAGUGCGUCGCGCGUGGUGGAGAUGCUGGAGAGUGCCAAGAACGAAUUUGAGAGCGUCCUGCAGCAACUGAACAUCGCCAAGAUCGAAAACUUGGAGUUGGAGCGCAAGAUCACGGCCCAGGUGGCGGAGAUGGAUCAGAUCCAACAGACUAUCAAGGCGUUGGAGCAGAACCAGCGCCGCAUUCGGCAGCAGUACGACGACGACGUACUCCGGCUGCGCCGGCAGCUGGAAGGCGGUAAGAUGAUGCCGCCUGCACAACAGCAGAAGCGACCCCGUGACGACCAGAACGGACCUCAGUCGAUGCCUCCGCUGCAAGUCAACACGGGGCCUCCGAUGCUUCCGUCGCGAGGCCCUCGCGGCACGAGUCCGGUGCGUGUGGCGCCAGCUCCUUCGAUGGGCCGUCCAGCUGGGCUGGACGACCGUGACCGCUCUCGGUCCAUGCAGCCUCAGCACCAGGGUCCGUUGGACCGCAGCCAGGAGCGUCCGAUGCAGCCUCAGUCGUUGGCGCCGUUGGAAGGGUCGCUGCACACCCCCACUGGUCGCCGAGGCCCCAUGCCUGGCUUGUCUUCUCGUAGCAACGACCAAGACGGCCGGUCUGGAGAAGACCUCCGCGACCGCCAGUCGCGAGAACAGUUGUCGGACCGCGACAACCAAGGCCGUCGCAUGCAGAUCCAAGGCCCCCCUGGCUCAGGAGGCAGCAAUGCCACCAGCAACAACAUGGGCGGAGAAGGGUCAGCGAGCUCUUCGCCGGUGCUGAAGAAGAGCAAGUCGACAAGCGGCAGCUCAGAGAUCCGGUCGUCGAAGAGCGGUUCGUCCAACGGGGGUCCUUCGUCGGGCCAACCGAGUCAUGGGUCUGCGCUGUCUGGUGGAGCGUCGUCUGGUGGGUCCGGCCAGGGUCUGCCGUUGCCGUCGUCGUCGCACAAGAUGCACCACUUGAGCAAGAUCAACUCGUCGGAGAACGGGUCAGAGGCGCUGCCGUCGUCCAGCAAUAGCGGUCCGUCGACGCCUCCGGGCUCGAGCAGUGGCGUCCCGACGGGAGCGUCGACACCGAACGUGAAUGGCUCGUCGACGUCCAAGCAGAGCAAGGUGAAGUGGGCUCUGACGUACACGAACAGCAACAAGGGCCCGGGAGUGGCGGACACGGAGCGUCCGGUGGUGGAGAUGUUCCACACGUUGGACCACCAGAGCGUGGUGUGUUGCGUGCGUUUUUCGGCGGACGGGACGAAGUUGGCGACGGGGUGCCACAAGACGGCGCAGGUGUUUGACGUGCAGACUGGCGCACGCACAUUUUGGGUGCAGAGGCCAGCGAUCAAGGAGACGGCGGCGCCUGCAAACGAGGCGGAAGACGCGUAUGUCCGUGCUGUGUGUUUUUCGCCGGACGGCACUAAGUUGGUGGCUGGGAUGCCCCAGAACACGAUUCGAAUUUGGGACAUGGCGUCGAACGAAGAGGCGCCGCCGCUCAUCGGCCACGACGCCGAGAUUUAUUCGCUGGACUAUGUGGGCAACCACAUUGUGUCGGGGUCGGGCGACCGAAAGGUGCGGCUCUGGGACGCUCGCACGGGCCAGUGCCAGGCUGUGUUUGGCAACGAGAGCGGAGGUCCGUCGGAUGGUGUGACGAACGUGGCGUUGUCGCCGGACGGCCGCUUGUUGGCCGCGGCAUCGCUGGACAAGGUCGUGCGAAUCUGGGACACCCAAACGGCUCAAUUGAUGGAUCGAUUGGAAGGUCACAAUGAUUCAGUGUACUCAUUGGCAUUUUCCCCGGAUGGCAAGAACAUUAUCUCUGGCUCACUGGACAAGAACAUCAUGUUGUGGGACGUGUCGGCAUCCGGACGCACGACGGCUCGUCCUCGCUUGCUCUUCCAAGGCCACAAGGACUUUGUCUUGUCCGUGGCUUAUACACCCGAUGGACGAUGGGUCAUGAGUGGGUCGAAGGACAGAACUGUCAUGUUUUGGGAUCAUCGUACUUCGCGGUCUGUGUUGACAGUUGGUGGCUACCGCAACUCGGUGAUCAACGUGCAUUCGUCGCCAGCGUCGCCGUAUUUUGCCACGGGUAGCGGUGAUUGCUUUGCUUGCAUCUGGAAGUACCAGUGUCAAACUAUUUAA